AUGGCCUAUAAUCAGGAAGAGGUUGGUUUUGCCACGACCACUUUCGGAGCGAACGAUCUUUGCAAAUAUUUGGUUAAUCUAGGGAAGGCCAGUGCCACUACCAGUGCUGGGGCAAUCGCGAUGGCAAAAGUAUGGCAAGCACUUGAGUCUAACCCGGACACAAUUAAUCCGUUUAUGGCCAAAAUUGGCGUUGAAACAGUGCAAUGUGUGGAUAUAAUUUCAUUCGACGAUGAUGCUCUGGAGAACUUACCGAAACCUCAAUAUGCAGUUCUUCUCUGUCUCCCUGAUUACAAAAAGGUCAACGAAUUAAUGGCUCCAAUUUAUGAGAAGCUCCGCUCGGAAAAUGUGACGCCUCCACCCAAUGUAUUCUUUAUGGAACAGAAGAUUAGUAAUGCUUGCGGUACAUUCGCAUUAUUCCACGCGUUAGCAAACAUUGAGGACCAAGUGGACCUUGGCUCUGGUUCGUUCCACAAGUGGCUCGAGGCAGCUAAGAGUUUAGGAAUCGAUCAGCGUUCGGAUCUUCUUGCCAAUGAUGAAUCUCUGGCUGCUGCUCAUGACGAAGCCGCUCGAAGCGGUGAUUCGCAUCAGCCAGAGGAGGUAGAGCAUCACUUCAUUUGUUAUGUGAACAAGGAUGGAACACUUUUUGAAAUAGACUCACGUGCACCGUUCCCACGUGCGCUUGGUACGACCUCUGGCGACACGCUUGUGAAGGACGCUGGAGUUGAGUGCAAACAGCUUAUGGAGAAGCUCGACAAUGUUUCGUUCGCAGCUAUGGCUCUUGUUCCAAAGUUCUUGGGCAGGAUUGGUGUGCGAUCAGUGGAAUGUGUCGAUAUCUUUUCUUUCGAUCCGGAAAUGUUGGAUUUCCUGCCUGCCCCACAGCUGGCAGUCAUACUUUGUUUCCCGGAAAGAGACGGAGCAAGACCGUUGGAAAAUGCCUAUAACACUUUGAAGGCAUCUGGAUUCUCUGCUCCUGAUAAUGUGUUUUUCAUGAAGCAGAAGAUUGGAAAUGCAUGUGGCACAUUUGCUUUGUUCCAUGCACUGGCAAAUCUUGAAGGAGUCAUAGACCUAGGCAACAACUGUGGCCGUUGUUUUGCAGGGAACGGCUCAUUUUCUAACUGGUUGAAGAAGGCAAAGCUAUCGUCUGUUGAGGAAAGAUCAGAUCUGCUUCUGAAUAAUGAGGAGCUUUCGACUGCCCAUGAAGAAACGGCAAGAGAAGGAGAAACCGAAGAACCAACAAACGUCGAGCAUCACUUCAUUUGUUACGUGAAGAAGGAUGGCGUUCUCUAUGAGAUAGAACAUCAGCAGAAGCCCAACUCCUAUUCACUACAUACAGUCAUUGAAAGUAUCAAUUCAGAUUCCUGUGCACCUUUCCCUCGUCCGUUGGGCAACCCACCCGAAGAUGAGGCACUAGUGAGUGCUGCUGGGAAGCAUAUAAAGGAAAUGAUGGCGGAAAUUGGUGAUACUUCAUUUUCGGCGAUGGCUUUGGUGAGGAGUUAG